AUGUAACAAAGUGAUCUUAUAGAUUUCUCAUUUAGUCUUCAAUAUCCUAACGAAGUUGAUAUUGAAAAACCUAUACAUUUUAAUAUAAAUUCCUCAGCAGAUAUUUCAUCAGAAGAAGAAAAUGAUCUAGAAUAGAAAAUAAAAUAAUUAUAUAGCAAAACUAAAUAAGCCUUAUAAUCUAUAGAUUAAAAAGAAAUAUUGAAAAAAGGAAAGAACAUUAAAAAUUAAACUAACAUAAGUAGUUAUCUUGUUUGUAGUAAAUCUCUUCCAUAUUCUUAAUUGUUUAUUUCAAACAACAUAUUUACUAGAAAUCAUUAAAUAAAGGGAUUUACAACAAUAUCAACAUCUCAAAAUAAAUAAGAGAUAGAGAGAUAAGAUAAUAAUGUAAAAAAAUACAAUAAAUAUUAAACCAAAUAGAAAAUACAAUUUAAUAGUUAUUUUAGUGUUCCAAAUAGGAACAUUUGUUACUCUUAUAUCAACAAUUGA